CUGGGCGCGCGCAUGGGACGGGCACUCGCAAGCAAUGCAGCUGUGUCGCAGAUUUGAAAAGUCACUCUAGAGAAGGCAGAGGUGUUGUUUAUUCCGCAACUGUGCAUGUAACGAAGGGACGAUAACUAGGCGGGAGGGAGGAGAAAAAAAAACUACCCCUGAAACUCCAGGGACGCGAUCUUCAGAGCUGCCACAUUGAAGCCAAACUCGCUCAGAGGUCAAUCAAGCCCCUGCAUGGAGCUUUCCGCCAUAGGAGAGCAAGUUUUUGCUGUUGAGUCGAUUAUUAAAAAGAGGGUGAGGAAGGGGAAGGUUGAGUAUCUCUUGAAGUGGAAAGGAUGGCCACCCAAGUACAGCACCUGGGAACCAGAGGAUCACAUUUUGGACCCUCGGCUAGUUCUGGCAUAUGAGGAGAAGGAACAACGUGAUCGGACACUAGGGAACAGAAAACGAGGACCAAAACCCAAAAAGAGACUUGUUUUGCAGCGGAUGUACGGGAUGGACCUGCGCAGCGCCCACAAGGUGCAGGUGAAGCCACCGCCCCGAUUGAGGCUCUCCCUGACACGCACGCUGAGGGAGGAGGUCCGUAACCACAGGGAGGAUGAAGAUGACGAGGAAGAGAGGCAGGAGCGGCCACAACAGAGCCAAGCCCUCUACAGGCGGCUGGCAACAGCAACUCGCCGAAAGUACAAGAGGGGCAUGCCGACCUUUCUGCGGCUAGGGCCUCGACACCCCUCGGUGGAAUACCUGGAAACUCAAAGCGAAGGACUGGCAGAGAGCUGGGACACCGAAAACAUCGGGACACCACAAAGGGAACAGAUACUCAACGGCGGCAGUGUGGAAGGCGGCUGGAACCCCGUAAUGUCACCGGGUGAGAUCACAGUGACGGAUGUCACCAUUAACUCUCUGACUGUCACUUUCAAAGAGGCACUGGCUGCCAAAGGCUUCUUCCGUGGCUGGAGCACUGAAUUCUGAAACCACCCUAAGGGUCGCCUGCCGUGAUAGCUCAGACCGUGACGAUCGUGUUCUUCUUUAGUUGGACAGGUGUCUUUUGAAAGGACUGGGCAGCACUGGUGCAAUCCUCUUUGAGGCAGCCAUAGGAAGAAGAAAAAAAAGGCCUACAAUGGAGGAAGUAUGUGUGUGUAGAAGUUAAACUGGCCAUUAGAGUGAUGUUGUUUAUAUUUAAAAAAAAAAUAAUUUAUGAGAUACUUUUUUCUAAAUUAUUCCCAAAUGAUAGAGAUCAAAUAACCAUGCAAAAGAUUUUCAUGAUUAGAAUUUUUAAAAUCUAUCUAUCUAUCUAUCUAUCUAUCUAUCUAUCUAUCUAUCUAUCUAUCUAUCUAUCUAUCUAUCUAUCUAUCUAUCUAUCUAUCUAUCUAUCUAUCUAUCUAUCUAUCUAUCUAUCUAUGAUAUAGCACCUUUCAUCUGUUUAUCUGCACAGCACACCCUAGAGCACUUUGUCAUUGUGUCCCAGCCGGGCCACCGUACGUUAGAUCCCAGCCCCCAUGCCACAUACAGAGGAAACAGCUUGCUAUUCUAUUAAUCCACCUUGGCAGAAAAUGGUAGAGGGCACAAUUGUGACGUACUGGGAGGGAUUCUCACUUAGACAUCAUUCUCUGUUUCUGCCUAUUUUUGGCACAGGCAAGAGCGGCCGUACAGAUGACAGAGCUUCCCUUCAUGCUUGACUGAAAGCACACGUUCUGAAGGCAGGGAUCCUCGCUCAUGGCCAGGACUGCAUUAACUGGCUCACUAUUGGCUUUAUAAGGGGAUGGCACCAGAGACCUGCAUGUCUAUGAAUGUGCUCUGGCUCGCUUUCCUAUAUCUAAUUCUUUAUAAUUUUUUUUUCUAUCUUGUACAGUUCAUCCAUAUGUCAUGAGAGGUGGGGUCUUAGUAAGAAUGUGGUUUGUUUCUUUGUAUUGUGGUUGUUGUUUAUCUCAUUUUGAAGGCCGGAUGGAUUUUGCCUGUUGGUGACAGGGGGCAUGAAUGAUACUAUGUUAGUGGAAGCAGGCACAGCAGACCCCGUAUGAUCUGGCCUGAGGGGAGGCUGUAAAUGCCCACCUCAUUGUUUCCUAAGUCAGAUGGAAGCAUUUAAAAUGUACAGGAAGCAGAGAAGGGCAUCUGAUCUGAAACUGCAUACUCGAGCAAAACUCCAAGUGCUCCCCAGCCUCAUGUGUCAUCUUCCAUUUGUGGAUGUUUAAAUGAAAAUCUUUGAACUGCCUGAAGCCCUGUCACACUAGUAUAGCACCAAUAUCAGUUGACAAGUGUGUCCAUCUUAUGCUUAAGAAGCUCAUUUUCUCCAUUUAGAAAUAUUUCGGAAGCUGUGCUUCUGUUCAUAUCACAUGUAAUUUCACGUCUAACAGGCAGAAGUAAUAAUGGUGGGUUACACUAUAAAUUGCAUUCUGACAUGAAGAGGGAAAAACAGUGAAACAGGAAAUAUAAAAUAUUCAUUCAAAUAUUACACUAGACAACAAAAAUUUUGCUUCCUGAACGCUUUUUGGUGUAUCUCAUAGGUUCUGGUCUGCUGAUUAUAAAAUCACCUUUAGAUUUUCCUGACAUUAACUGUUUUAUUGCACUUUCCUAUUUUGUAAUUUCCUUGCAUAUUAUAAGUAUACAGAACAUAUACAGUACAACAACUACAUCUGGAAUAUCUGCGGUGACCUUAAAGUAUUGGCCCUGGAAUACUAGAAAUGGACCUCGGAUAGACUAAGGACUGCAUAAGAGUCACAUUACGUUAAAAUGAACUGGCCACCAUAAACCACUUAUCCACCCAACAAAGAUAUUUUUGCCUCCACGUCUUAUAAAACCUGGACUGAUAAAAACAUUUUGUGAAGGCGAUCAACAAGGAAGGUGAAGGAGUUCAUUGUCUGAAACAAAAGUUUCCUCGAGUUACCGAUGCCAAGAUUAAGAAAGACAUUUUUAUUGGUGCACAAAUCACACAACGCAACUAGUGGUUUGAAGAUCUGCUAGUGUGGCCGAAGGAAAUCACAUGGAUGGCGUUCAAGGAUGUUUGUUGAGAAUUCUUUUGGCAACUAUAGAACACCAAACUACAUCCAGCUGGUUGACAACAUGUGUGCAAGUGCAACAUGUCGCUCGUGAUCCAUUUUCUGCAUUUCACACUUGGACGUCUUCCCUGCUAGUCUUGGUGCAGUCAGUGAUGAACAUGGGAAAGGUUAACUGGGACAUUACCAUAAUGGAAAAGUGGUGUUAGAGCAAGCAUUAGCCGACUAUUGUUGGACGCUGAAAUGAGAUUCAUCAGAUGCUCAGUACAAAUGAAAAUCAGCAGCAAAACCUUUUUAGCUCAAUUGACUAAUGCAUCAUUAAGUGAUUAAACACCCUACAUUCGAUAAAAGUUAAUUUUAUGUUUCUCCAAAUUCCUAUGUGAUAAUAGUCAAUCUAACAUUAUCACUGUGUUCAGCUUGAAGUGUUCCUUCAUAAUCACCAAAACUAUGUCGGGAAGAUAUAUUGUUGAAAACAUUUGUUGUCCAGUGCAAUAUGGGGAAUGUGACCCAGAGACAAAAAUGUGCCACUUCUGUGAGGGUUUAAUUUUGCGGUUGUCUGUGCCCUUCCGCCUGUAUUUUCUUGCUCACUUCUUUUACUUAAUUGACGCCCUGCUGCCUGUCCCAUUUGUGAUUGGCGUUGUGUUAAUUCUCAAUGGGCAAAUGAGCUAAUCUGUACACCCGCCUGCUUUUUCUUGCACACUUCUUUUUAAUAAUCGAUGUUCCAAUCCUGCCUCAAAUGUGAAUGGCGUUGUGUUAAUUCUUAAUGGGCGAGGAGCUUAUCUGUGCCCCCCAGCCUACUUUUUCUUGCACACUUCUUUUUGUGAAGUCCCGCCCCCCCCCCCCCACCUUCCCCCCAACUUUAUCCCAGGCACUGCUUCUCUUAUGCACUUUAGAGUCGAGUUGACUAUUUUCAGAAGGUGUUGUGUUAAUUCUCAAUAGGACAUAAGUGGGUAAGCGCCACUCCACCACUGACAAUAUCACCCUUGACUUGCUUUAUUGAGAUUACGUACUUCACAUUGUUUUGCUGCUAAAAAAUUAAAAAAAAAAAUCAUCCCUAGGGUGGAAAUUAAAAUAAUUUGCAAUACAUAAACCUUUUGGUCUAUGGGAUUAAGGAAAGGCAUUAAGGAAGAGGACUGCUAGUGAGUACCAUGUACCAUAGCUAUGCAGGGUAUACAUUGUGUAGCCAUUAAUUGUUUGGAAGUUUGUGUUUUCUUUUCUUUUGCUUAUGAGAGGAAGUGGGUUGCAAUAACAAUUAUGGGAAUACCUGCAGUUAUUACACUGGAGCUGUAUUCUCAAACUGCUUAGUUUGCAACAUCUGACAAAUUGAAUGUAUAGUAUGCGUUUUCCAGUAAAGACUAUGAAUAAUGAUUUUCGCGUUCUGUUGGUGAAAUAAUGGCAUUGCUGUUUUGUGGCUUUUAUGGUAUGUUUAGAUAUAACAUGUUAAGGAUUAUGAAUCAUGAUUUGGGAAUCACAUUGCCAUUUUGAGGCUCUUGGGGUGAUAU